AUGUCAUUUAACAUACCCACAAUUCAUACAAAUAACUCCAAAAACGAUAAUAAUGAUGAAAAUAAUAAUAAUAAUCAACACACAGAAAAUCCAUACAUUUCAAUAAAUAAUAAAAUCACCCCAGAAAAUAGUAUCUCAUCAAAUCUUAAUCAAAUCGAGAAAGCUGUUAAAGUUGCCAAUUCUCAAAACCUUGAUUUAGCAUUGAUUGGUAAUUGCUCAUUUGGUGCUCUUAUUGAUAAGAAAUCAUGCAUCAAAUGGUGUUGCAUUCCAAGAUUUGAUGCAGAUCCAAUAUUUUGCUCAUUAGUUAGAAAAUCAAAUGAUUCAGGUUUUUAUGAUGUUGUGGUUGAAAACUUUGCAUUCAGUGAGCAGGUAUAUAUAAAAAACACAGCGGUUUUAUCAACAAAACUGUACAACACUAAUGGAGGUGGUGUUGAAGUAAUUGAUUUUGCACCAAGAUUCAAUAUGUUCUCUCGUCCAUACAGACCAUCAAUGAUUAUUAGAGUCAUUAAGCCAUUGGGCCAUUGUAGAAUUAAGAUUAGACUAAGACCAACAUUCGGUUAUGGAUGGGGUGCACCAGAAAAAACCAGAGGUACAAACCAUAUAAGAUAUAUAUUACCAUCAAUGGUAAUGAGACUUACAACCAAUGCUCCAAUUUCAUAUAUUGUUGAUGAAGUUUUAUUUGAAGCUGAUGAAACAUUAUACUUUGUAUUUAUGGCUGAUGAAAGUUUAAGAGAAUCCCUUCAUGAUGUUACCAAUACUUAUUUGGAUAAAACAAUUGAAUAUUGGCAAGAAUAUACUAAAUCAUUAGCUAUUCCACUUGAAUGGCAAUCACAAGUUUUAAGAGCAUGUAUUACUGUAAAACUUUGCCAAUUUGAAGAAUCUGGUGCCAUUAUUGCAUCAUUAACAACAUCAAUCCCAGAAGAACCAACUAAAGAAGGUUAUGAUCUUAGAUUUUGUUGGAUUAGAGAUACUUCUUAUAUUGUACAUACAUUCAACAAACUUGGUAAUACAAAGAUGAUGGAAGAUUUCCUUACUUACAUUUCAAACAUUGUCUCAGGUUCAUUGGAAAGAGGUGGAUUCCUUCAACCAGUUUAUGGUAUUUCAUUAGAAACAAAACUCUAUGAAAAGUCAAUGUAUAGACUUGCAGGUUACAGAGGUCUUGGUCCUGUUAAAAUUGGUACAAGAGAUUAUAAAACAAUUCAAAAUGAUGUUUAUGGUCAAUUAAUUUUAGCAUCUAUUCAAAUGUUUUUUGAUCAAAGAUUAAAUAAACCAGGUGAUAUUCAUUUAUUCCAUAAAUUAGAAGGUUUAGGUAUGCAAGCAUAUACAAAUUAUAAUAAACCAGAUUGUGGUCCAUUAGGUAAAGGUUCAAUUGAAGAUGGUAAAAUUUAUACAUUUUCAUCAUUUAUGUGUUGGACAGGUUGUGAUAGAUUAGCAAAGAUUGCAAAGAGUUUAAAGAUUCCAUUACGUGCACAUUUCUGGCAAGAAUCUGCAAAUAAAAUCAAGGAAGAAAUGAUGGAACGUUGCUUCAACAAGGAAAAGAAUUCAUUUGUAUCAACUUGGGAUGGAGAUGAUGUUGAUCCUUACCUUUUAUUGAUUGCAGAAUCUGGAUUCACUAAAAUUGAUGAUCCAAAAUUCAUUGGAACCGUUGAAUAUUUAGAGAAAAAACUUAGAAGAGGCAAAUACAUUAUUCAAUCACCAGACAGUGUUAGUGCAUCAACUACAUUCACUCUCUACUAUAUUUCUUGUAUUGCUAAAAUGGGUAGAAAAGAAGAAGCAAGAGAACUUUUUGAAAAUAUCCUUAAUGAUUGCACUCCAUUGGGUUUAAUUAGUCAAGAUGUUAACCUUGAAACCAAAGAAAUUUGGGGUAACUUUCCAAAAACAACUUCAAUGGUUGGUAUAAUUAAUGCUGCUAUUUGUUUAAGUAAACCAUGGGAAUCUGAAAUUUAA